CGCAGAGUCGCCUCGCGACAGUGCCUCCGGGCCAUGACGACGAGCACGACAAGGAUCCUCCGGCCGUCCUCGUUAUCGAACCGAGUAGCCCGAUGCCAGGCUCAGCAGCAGACCACGCGCAGCUUCGGCACGUCGUACGCCCGGAGACGCGCCGAUGUCUUCCACUCGCAGCUGGAGAGCGUGCCCAACUCGGCCGAGCUCCUUUCGUCGAUGGAGUCUAGCAAGGCGGCAGCGGCUGCCUCCCAGUCGGGAACCCCACAGACGCUGACCGAGAAGAUUGUCCAGCGGUACUCGAUCGGCCUGGCCCCCGGGAAGAAGGUCAAGGCCGGCGACUACGUGACGCUGUCUCCCCACCACUGCAUGACGCACGACAACUCGUGGCCUGUGGCCACCAAGUUCAUGUCCAUCGGCGCGUCAAAGAUCCACAAUAACCGCCAGGUAGUCAUGACGCUCGACCACGACGUCCAGAACAAGUCGGAGAACAACCUCAAGAAGUACCGCCUCAUUGAGGAGUUUGCCGGCGCUCACGGCGUCGACUUCUACCCGGCCGGCCGCGGCAUCGGCCACCAGAUCAUGAUUGAGGAGGGAUACGCUUGGCCGGGAACCGUGACCGUCGCCUCGGACUCCCACAGCAACAUGUACGGCGGUGUCGGCUGCCUGGGAACCCCCAUGGUCCGCACCGACGCCGCCAGCAUCUGGGCCACCGGCCGCACCUGGUGGCAGAUCCCCCCGAUCGCCAAGAUCACCCUCACGGGUAUCAUGCCUCCCGGUGUCACCGGCAAGGACGUCAUCGUCGCCCUGUGCGGCCUCUUCAACAAGGACGACGUCCUCAACCAUGCUCUCGAGUUCACCGGUCCCGAAGAGACGAUGCGCAGCAUCUCAGUCGACUCUCGCCUCACCAUCGCCAACAUGACUACCGAGUGGGGUGCUCUCAGCGGUCUCUUCCCCAUUGAUGACGUCCUCAUCUCGUGGCUGCGUGCCAAGGCCACCACGUCCGCCAUGUUGAACCCCGAGCAGGCCGAGCAGGGCCGUUUUAACCACUCGAGGCUCAACGAACUGCUGGAGAACCAGCUGACGGCCGACCGGGGCGCCACGUACGCCAAGGAGCUGUAUCUCAACCUGUCGACGCUUGCGCCCUUUGUUGCCGGCCCCAACUCGGUCAAGGUGGCCACGCCUCUCAACAAGCUCGAGGCCGAGAACAUCCCCCUGAACAAGGCCUACCUCGUCUCGUGCACCAACUCGCGCUCCUCCGAUAUUGCCGCCGCCGCCCGCGUCUUCCGCGAAGCCGCUGCCGAGCACGGCGAGGAGGCUGCCAAGAUUGCCCCGGGCGUGCAGUUCUACAUUGCCGCCGCGUCGAUCCCCGAGCAGCAAGCUGCCGAGGAGGCGGGCGACUGGCAGAUUCUUGUCAACGCGGGUGCCAGCGUGCUCCCUGCGGGUUGUGGCCCCUGCAUCGGCCUCGGAACCGGUCUCCUGGAGCCCGGGGAGGUGGGGAUCAGCGCCAGCAACCGCAACUUCAAGGGCCGCAUGGGCUCAACCGACGCCAAGGCUUACCUCGCCAGUCCCGAGGUCGUGGCCGCCAGCGCUCUCAAGGGCAAGAUUGCCGGCCCGGGAUGGUACCAGAAGCCCGAAGGCGUGGAGAAGGUCAUCAUCGGCGAGGGCAGCGGCGAUCACGAGGCCGACAAGGCCGCCAGCAUUGAGGGAGCGCUGGAGAAGCUCAUUGCCGAUGCCGAGAGCAUGAUUUCGUUUGCGGAGAAGGACUUGGGCGGCGAAGAGUCUGCCGCUGCUUCCACCCCCGCUGCUGCCGAGGAGGAGGCGGACGAGAGUCUCACCGAGAUCCUGCCCGGCUUCCCCGAAAAGGUCGAGGGCGAGAUCAUAUUCUGCGACGCGGACAACAUCAACACGGACGGCAUCUACCCGGGCAAGUACACGUACCAGGACAACGUCUCGGUGGAGAAGAUGGCCGAGGUGUGCAUGGAGAACUACGACACGGGCUUCCGCGACAUCGCCAAGGCAGGCGACAUCCUAGUCACCGGCUUCAACUUUGGCUGCGGGUCAUCGCGCGAGCAGGCCGCCACGGCGCUGCUGGCCAAGAAGAUCCCCCUGGUCGUGUCCGGCUCGUUCGGCAACAUCUUCAGCCGCAACAGCAUCAACAACGCCCUCAUGGGCGUAGAGGUGCCCAAGCUCGUCGAGAGGCUGCGCGAGACCUUCAAGGAUGCCUCGGACAAGCAGGCCACCCGUCGCACCGGGUGGAAAUUCCUCUGGGACGUGCGCAGGAGCAAGGUCGUCGUCACCGAGGCCUCGGGCGAGUCGUGGAGCCAAAAGGUUGGCGAGCUGCCUCCUAAUGUCCAGGAGAUAAUCGCUAGGGGUGGUCUUGAGAAGUGGGUGAAGGCUGAGAUUGAGAAGUAG